UUCUGCCUUUUGCUUUCUCUACAGCAAUCCCUCUGCCAUGACGAUCGCCGUUGACAUCGAUGCUGGUACCCUCGGCUUCCCGCGCAUGGGCCCCAACCGCGAGCUCAAGUUUGCGCUGGAGAAGUACUGGCGCGGCGCCGUGACCGAGGACCAGAUGCGCAAGGUGGCGUCGGACGUCGAGUCGGCCAACUGGCAUGCGCAGGUCGAGCGCGGCAUCCAGCGCAUUGCCGUCGGCAUGUUCUCGCUCUACGACCACGUGCUUGACUGGACCUUGUACCUCGGCUGCGAGCCGCAGCGCUUUGGGAAGCUCUCGAACGACACGGACCGCUACUUUGCGAUGGCCCGUGGCCUCGACGGCAUCCCGGCGCUCGACAUGACCAAGUGGUUCGACUCCAACUACCACUACGAAGUGCCCGAGCUCAACGUGCACACGACGCCCAAGGCCAACUUUGCCAAGUACCUCGAGACGAUCAAGCGCGCCCAGGCCACACUCGGCAAGGACACGGCGGUGCCGGUCAUUCUCGGCCCGCUCACGUACCUCGCGCUCGCCAAGUACGACGAAACCACGACGCUUGCGACGAUCCUCCCCAAGAUUCUCCCGCUCUACACGCUCCUGAUCAACCAGCUCGCGGCGCUCGGCGUCCCGGAGGUCCAGAUCCACGAGCCGUCGCUUGUCGGCGCGCAUGCGUCGGCGCUCUUCCCGCACCUCGUGACGGUCUACGGCGACAACACGCACACGGGCGCGCUCACGCACCCCAACGUCAAGAUCCACCUCGCCACGUACUUUGAGGCGAUCGACGAAGACGUCUACAAGUGGUUCACGACGUCCAAGAUUGCGGCGCUCUCGCUCGACUUUACGCGUGGCGACAACCUCUCGAUCCUCCAAAAGUUUGGCUUCCCGUCCGGCAAGCGCCUCGGCGCCGGUAUCGUCGAUGGCCGCGGCGUGUGGAAGAUCGCCCCCAAGACGAUCACGCCGAUCCUGACGUCGAUCGUCGAGGUCGUCUCGCGCAGCCCGAACGCCGCGAUCACGAUCCAGCCCAGCUCGUCGCUCCAGCACGUGCCGUACACGACCAAGGCCGAAGUCGACUUCCAAGCCGGUCUCAACUCGCUCUACGGCGUGCUCAGCUUUGCCUACGAAAAGCUCGACGAAGUCAAGCUCAUCGCCAACGUCGUCAAGAACGGCCAGCUCAACACGUCGUCGGCGUUCGAGGCCGCGACGGCCGCGUGGGCCACGUACUACAAGGAGCACCCGGCCAAGGCCGCGGUCCAGUCGCGCGUCAACGGCGUCACGGAAGCCGACCUCAAGCGCCCGUCGGACUUUGCGACGCGCCGCCCGCACCAGAUGAAGUCGUGCCCGAUUCUCCCGACGACGACGAUCGGGUCGUUCCCGCAGACGGCGCAGAUCCGCGGUCUCCGCCGCCAGCUCAAGCUCGGCAAGAUCACGCAGACGGCGUACGAAGCCGAGAUUGACGCGCAGAUCGCGUACAACAUUGGCGUCCAGGACGCGCUCGGCCUCGACAUCCUCGUGCACGGCGAGCCCGAGCGCACGGACAUGGUCGAGUUCUUCGCCGAGAAGCUCAACGGUUUUGCCUUCUCGCAGAACGGCUGGGUGCAGUCGUACGGCUCGCGCUGCGUGCGCCCGCCGGUCAUUUACGCCGACCUCGAGCGCCCGUACGACAUGACGGUGCGCGAGUUCAAGGUCGCGCAGGGCUUCUCGGCCUUCAAGCCCGUGAAGGGCAUGCUCACGGGCCCCGUGACGAUCCUCAACUGGUCGUUCCCACGCCUCGACAUUACGCGCAAGGAGCAGGCGUACCAGCUCGCGCUCUGCCUCCGCGACGAGGUUGCCGCCCUCGAGAAGGCUGGCUGCUCCAUCAUCCAGGUCGAUGAGCCGGCGCUCCGUGAAGGCAUGCCGCUCAAGCUCGCCAAGAAGGACGCAUACCUGCGCUGGGCCGUCGACGCCUUCCGCCUCGCGACCGCCGUCGCCGCCAACCCGACGUCGAUCCACACGCACAUGUGCUACUGCGAGUUCAACGACUGCAUGCCGUCGAUCGACGAGAUUGACGCCGACGUCAACUCGAUCGAGAACGCGCGCAGUGGUGACGAGACCAUCCGCGCCUUCAAGUCGAUCGGGUACAACAAGGACCUGGGCCCGGGUGUCUACGACAUUCACUCGCCCGUGGUGCCACCCAAGGCCGAAAUCGUCGCCAAGCUCGAGUCGUUCCUCAAGCUCCUCCCGGCCAAGCAGCUCGUUGUCAACCCUGACUGCGGCCUCAAGACGCGCCGCUGGCCCGAGACCAUCGCCGCGCUCAAGAACAUGGUCGAGGCCACGUACCAAGUGCGUGCCUCGCUCCAGUAAACACCCUCGAUAGCCAACAUGAUCACGCAAGUGAGACUGUGCUCGGACCUGUGUCGGUGCGGAAGCAUCCACACGGACAGCAGGCAACUGCGGUUCAACCAAGCGACUUUACCGUCCCUCGGUCGAUCCGAGCAAGCUGGCUAUCCUGCGUGUUUUGUUGAACU